UAGGUCUACGAACAGAAUUGCUUGAUCAGGUGUUUUAUGAACUUGGAAUGCCAGUUGUGUUUAUUCCUAGUAUGUGUAUACCAACAGGAUAUUUACUUGCAGAGGACGAAACAUUUGAAAAUUUUCGUCAUUAUAAUUUCUACACGAAAAGAAAUCUCAGACUUUUGAUUGUUAAUCAACGUGCUGAUUAUAAUUUUCAGCAAAGAUGCAAACACUAUAAAAGUUUUGAUCAUGAUGUCGGUCUACACGUUUAUUUACUUCAUAUAAGGAUAAGUAAUAAUAAUAUAAUCGGGUUAGACUUUUAUGCCAUUAGAGAUUGUGCAAAACUAUCACAAGAUGAACUAGAAAACCGUCUGAAAGUCCGCACAACAAGAUGGCGUCCGUCUCCAGAACAAACAAUUGCUGUCUCAGCCACACAAUUCAUGCCUUUUAUAGAUUGUGAUGAAAAUCGUCUAAUUGGCGGAAUAGAAACGUUUAUAUUCCAUAUGGCGUUACCAAAUGUUAAUUAUGCCUUGCAAUGUUAUAGUUUUGGUAAGUGGACUCAAGUAGAAGAAGAUGUAGCAGCACAGAGAGCUGAUAUAGGUUUCGGAGGCGCGUGGGACAUCAAAGGAAUACAAAUUGGUGUGGAUUUUGCAGCGCCAUUAUUUCAAACAUGUGCUACGAUGCUAGUACCCAAACCAAAACUCUUACCAAUACAAACGUUUUCAUUCCAAGCGUUAAAUUUGGACAUGUGGCUUGCUAUUAUUUUUGUCAUUAUUCUUGUAACAAUCAUUCAUGGAUGGUUAGAGAAGUUACCAUUCUUUCAAGCGUUCAUGGAAGUGUAUAAAACUAUAGUUGAUGCUCCAUCACACAAAUUAACACGCAUACCAAGCAAAAUUAUGUAUGUAACAUGGUUAAUGACAUGUGUUUUAAUAACAACAGCAAUGUCAGCUGGUUUUACAAUGAUUUUGACGAGACCACGCUUUACUACACCUAUUACAACAUUUAAAGAUGUUUAUGACCAUGGCUUGGAAUGUUAUGAGCCUGAAAACUAUGUUUCUGACAUAAUGAACUCAUCCAAUGAUAAAUAUCUACGUUUAAUUGGAAAUAGAAUCAAGUUUACAACUGAGGGUAUUACCAGAGAUCAUACGUGUUUGUUUUGUGAUGUGUUACCUAAUGAAUAUGUAAUACCAUCAACAGAAUUAGACGAGUACAGCAUGGAGAACUUGAUGAUUUUACCGAAUUGUUACGGAGAGUAUAAAUUUGUAAGUUAUUUUAAGGAAAAUUCGCCGUUGAAGCGACUUUUCAAUGCUGUAAUAAACCAAGCAAGAGAACACGGUUUGAUUAGUGGUCGAAUGAGAUAUAUUAAAGCCAAUGAUGUACAUUCAAGUAAACAAACGGAUAUGUUUAAAUCAAAGUAUGCUUUUCAUUUGGAUGAGUCAAGUAAGUCAUUGGAAUUGGAUGAAGCACAAGGGGCAUUAUACGCGCUGUGUAUUGGAAAUUUUCUUGGUUUGUUAGUUUUUAUGGGAGAACUUGCUUAUUAUCAGUAUUAUGAUAAUAGAAUAUUGUUUUAUCGCCCUUGAAUUGAUUAUAAUUGAUUAAAAUUUGGUAAAAUUGGAGAUUACUUGAAUUACAAGUGACAAGAUGGCUGCUGUGGUAGCUUGUGACAAAAAAAUGUAACGGGAUACGGAUAUACAAUGUUGAUAACAAUAACAAUGUAUUUUUCCACAUACAUGACUCUAAAUAUUUAUACUCACCUAAUGCACUUAGUAUUUCAUUGUAUUUACAUUGUUAUUUACUUUCAUUUUUUACAAUACACGUCAAUAUUAUUUAA